AAGGCGUUUAUAAUGCGGGAACAUUAGUCAGGUGAACCUGCUGCGCAAAGCUCUAUUCCAGAAUUGGACCUUGACCAUGUUCAUCUGUCACUGUAUCUCAUUAUGAACGCUCCCAUGAACCAACAUAACCCUGAUAAAAAACUGGUAGUCCGAUGUACCUUCAAUAAAAAUCACAAAAAAAUCACAUUUCAGAGUGCUCAAAGAUGCACUUUUGAUAAUUUACGGGAAAAGAUCGUGCAAUGCUUUUCGUUAUCCGCUUCCUCCUUUGACAUCUGGUACAAGGACGAUGACGGAGAAACAUUGAAAAUAUGGACCGAUGAUCAACUCACAGGGGCGAUAACCUACUUUGCAGACGCCGCAGAUGACGCGCACACGUCUUCUGCAUCUUCUAUAUUCUCUGGGCGCGGUUUUGGAAGUAGAAAGAUAACACUUCCUGUACAAAUUGAAGUCGAAUAUGAAGGACCGAGUUUGUCCGACACAGGUUCAAUAGCCAGCAUUGAAGAAUAUGGGAGUCGAAAUGGAGAUGUAGGCGAAUGGUCAUCUGCUUUCAGUGCCAGGGACCUAGACGAUGAUUCUGCCACGGUCAGCUCUCGGGAUAAUGGACGGCUAUCUACCAGAAGUUUUGUUCGUAAUCGGGUAUCAUCACCAUUGCAUGGACGUGCUUCACAGCUUUCGGGUGAAUCUUCUUGGGACGCAUUCUCUGGUUCCACUGGGCCCGCGCGGUCUAUCUCGAGACAAAACCAGGACCCAUUUGCCGAUUCCAACGGCCAGUCUCCAAAUGGAAUAUUGGAACGGUUGAGGUUGGAAAAUGAUGCUGCCAGUACCGACUACGAUCCCUUGGCAUCUGAUCAACGUGGUACACAUUGGUUGAAGGAACAGAACGAGCGCGCGAAACGUUCGCUGGGAGUUUUACCUGCCUCCUCUGCUUCUGACGAAUCAUCCUUUUCAUUACUUGAGCAGGAGGACCAAGUAGGUCCCUUGUCGCUGCAACGUGCUCCGACUGGGCGGUACUACUAUGAGUACGACUCAGAAGCUUCCCAAUCCCAAAUGACUGGACCUGAGGAUAGAGGUUUUGAAAUAGACCCCAGCAUUGAUGGUGGAAUAAAUGGAAAACCACGUCCCACCUCGAGGCAAUGGGCUUGGGUUACAGCGCAGCAGGAUGCUACGGCUCUUCGGCCACCUCCGCAUACUCAUCGCUCCGAUCCCUCUCUCGAAACAAUCGUUCCGGCAGAAAUUCUUCAAAACUUGGACCCUCCGCGCGGGGAGAACCUGACUUGUUGCUCAGGGUGUGGCCGCUUCCUUAAUUAUGUGAAAUAUGUUUGUUACACUUGUAGAGAUAAGGAAACCGGUUCUGACAUAUCGUCUCCAACUUCCUCUAACAAGGGUAAAGGUAGGGAUUGCCCACCGUUUACAUAUCCCCCUACGCCACUUCAAACCAAUAUCUAUACUUCACCGCUAUCUCUUAACUUCUCAAGUUCCUCGAACACAUUUGUAGGAAGUCCUUCCAAGCGCAGGCCAUUACCUCCUCAACCAAGUGUCAGUACUUCUUUUGCCACCUUAGUGCCUCCUACUUCUCCACGGAUGGCAACUGGGUACGAACUUUGUUACGAAUGUAUUGACGAAGUGGGUCACAUGCAUGCUAUCGAGGCUAUGAAUGAACCAGGCUCGUCUCCAACCACAAGUAAUCUUUCAUCAUCUUCCCCCAAAGAUGCAGCCGUCCAAUGGAGAAGGGCUCCUCCUAAACAGAAGGGUCAGUUGCGGCACGCAUACGUGGAGAAAAUAUGGGGGCAUAACGGUUGGGACGAUAUUGUUCAUACCGAAAAGGAAACGGAGAUCUGCUCUGCCUGUAGCGCCAAAUCGUCGCCACAACAGAUGAUGUACAAAUGUGUAUCAUGUGAACGAUACCAAUUAUGUCGAGCUUGUUAUAGUCAAGUGCACGACCUUCAUCCUGUACACACAUUCCUUGUAUUACGAGGAAGACCUCCCAGUGAUUCUGACGUUACCUAUCCGAAAUCGUCCAAUGAUUUUGAGGAACCAUCUAAUGUGCACCGAGGAGUUGAAUGUGUAAACUGUCGUUUGGAGAUAGUAGGGGCACGCUUCCACUGCGUGGAGUGCGAAUCCGUCGAUAUAUGUUCAAACUGCGAUUCAAAUGGUCUUCCUGGUAAUAUCGAUUCAGCAGACGGUGGUCACCAUUCUUCCCACCUUUUAAUCAAGAUUACAAUUCCUCUCUCCAAUAGUGGAGUCCAAUCCGUCAGUCGGAAGGCAAGGAACCUCUGGACCAAAAACCCCGCAAACGUCAACCGCGUAGAACAAGCAACGUCGGAAAUAUCAUCAUACGCUCGCACAGUCAUUGGGAUGGGGAACAAGCCUGAAAGCCACGAAAUUCCAUGUGAUGCUUGUCAAAAAAUCAUAAUCGGAGUUCGAUAUCAAUGUGCAAACUGCCCGGCUCCCCAAUCGGGAUACAAUCUAUGUUCUUCUUGUGAAGACGCAUCGUACACAGUGCACAACCCCAUGCACGCGUUCUUCAAACUCCCUAGGCCAGUCGAUCUGCCCAUCAAGUCGAGUGUCCCGAUGAUACCUCAACUCUACAAAGUUCCUGCAGGCCCUUCAUCUGCCGUGUAUGACAUUGGAAACCCGACAGGCUACCUUCUCUCAAUAAUCCAUCCCAAGGUUCGCUGUGAUUGUUGUUACACCGAAAUCCAAGGCGCAUGGUUUCACUGCGCAAAUUGUGGGAAAGAUUUAUGCAGCACUUGCGAGAAGAUAGAUACCCACAAUGACUCUCAUGUCUUCCUAGUUUUCAAAGCCUUGGUUGACAUGCAAAUUCUGGGGAAUCUCAUUGUCAACACAGAGAAGCCCGUUCCUGUCCUCAAGAACCUUGUGUACACCGCUACUGACUAGGAUUUUGUGACUUCUCGGGACAUGUUGUAUCAGAUA